CAUUGUCAGCUUUCUUCCUGGGGGAGAAGUGGUAGGGCGUUUCUGAACCGAAUAUGCAGCUGUGAACUGAGCUGUGGAUGGAACGGAAUUGAACAUGUAAGGGAGAGAACAGAGAAAACAAAACAACGUAUCGAAUCUCAAAAUAACCACCAAAAGGGGUGUUGGUGGGACAACAAGGUAGAGUCUCAUCCUAUUGGCUUCUGAGCUCUGUCUGCAAAAAUUUACAGCCAGCCAAUCAGUGAAUUGCUCCAUAUUGUUGCCGUGGCUCUGAAAUCUGCCUGAUGCUGUGAAGAAGACAUCUUACUCCAGAGCCCAUCUUCCAGUCACCCUCCAGUCAUCCUCCAUUCAUCCUCCAGUCCCCACUCUGUCACCUUUACAUGACUAGGACUGUCACUGUGUUCCAUUAAGCCAACUGCCUGUCACAGUCUAUUAUCCCCGCCUCAUCUUUAAUUCACACCUCUUAAUUGUCUGUUCCCUAUCUGAUUCCUGAUUGGACAUCAGCCAUAAACCUGCUCCCUGACAGGCUCCCUGGAUCAGCUGUGACCUCAGACCCCUGCCACAGCCGUCUGCUGUAGGUAAGAAUGGAGCAGGUGUACGCAUCAGGGAUGGCCGCCAAGCUGCGGAGCCAGUGGGACCGGGACGAGGGUCUGGGUCAGAACCACAACGCCGUGAAGUUCCAGGGCCAGGACUUUGAGUCGCUGAGGGCCCAGUGUCUCCAGAGCCGCAGCCUGUUUGAGGACAGCCUGUUCCCCUGCGCCGCCUCCUCUCUGGGGUUCAACGAGCUGGGACCCCGCUCAUCCAAGACCCAGGGAGUACGCUGGAAGAGACCCCCGGAGAUCUGCACCCGUCCCCAGUUCAUAAUGGAUGGAGCCACUCGCACUGAUAUCUGCCAGGGAGCUCUGGGUGACUGCUGGUUGCUGGCAGCUAUAGCUUCGUUGACUUUGAAUGAUAAUCUCCUCCACAGAGUGGUUCCUCAUGGACAGGACUUCGGAGGACAGUACGCUGGCAUCUUCCACUUCCAGUUCUGGCAGUAUGGGGAGUGGGUGGAGGUGGUGAUCGAUGACAGGCUGCCGGUGAAGGAUGGCAAGCUGCUGUUUGUCCACUCUGCCGAGGGAGGAGAGUUCUGGAGCGCCCUGCUGGAGAAGGCCUAUGCCAAGUUGAAUGGCUGUUAUGAGGCUCUGUCGGGAGGCAGUACGUCAGAGGGUUUUGAGGACUUCACAGGAGGAGUGACGGAGAUGUUCGAGCUGAGGAAGGCGCCCUCUGACCUUUACAGCAUCAUCAGCCGGGCCGUGGAGAGAGGCUCACUGCUGGGCUGCUCCAUAGACAUCACCGGCAGUCAUGACAUGGAGGCCGUGACCUUUAAGAAGCUAGUGAAAGGCCACGCCUACUCAUUGACAGGGGUCGAGGAGGUGGUGUACAGGGGGAAUAAGACCAAACUGGUCCGUAUUCGCAACCCCUGGGGAGAGAUAGAGUGGACUGGGGCCUGGAGUGACAACUCCAGAGAGUGGGAGGGUGUUGACCGCUCAGUCAGAGGGCGACUCCAGAACUGCAGUGAGGACGGAGAGUUCUGGAUGUCGUUCAGUGACUUCCUGCUUGAGUUCACACGUCUGGAGAUCUGCAACCUGACAGCAGACGCUCUGGAGGCCACCCAGCAGAAGAAGUGGAGCUCAGCCGUCUACCAGGGGGAGUGGAGGUCAGGCAGCACGGCUGGGGGCUGCAGGAACUUCCCUGCCACAUUCUGGAUCAACCCGCAAUUCAAGGUUGCCCUGCAGCACCCCGACAUAGCCGGCCAAUCAGAUUGCAGCUUCCUGGUGGCGCUCAUGCAGAAGGACCGGAGAAAGAAACGCAAGGAGGGCAAAGACAUGGAGACCAUCGGUUUCGCCAUCUACGAGGUUCCUAAUGAGUACAUGGGUAAAUCAGGCGUCCACCUGAAGAGAGACUUCUUCCUGACGCACGGUUCCAGCGCCCGCUCUGAGCUCUUCAUUAACCUGAGAGAGGUGAGCUCUCGCUUCCAGCUGCCUGCCGGGGAGUACAUCAUUGUCCCCUCCACCUUUGAACCCAAGAAGGAGGGAGACUUCGUCCUCAGAGUCUUCUCUGAGAAACCUGCCAACUAUGAGGAGCUGGAUGAUGAUGUCACAGCUGAACUACCAGCAGAGACCGAGCUGGACGAGAGCCAGAUCGACGCUGGCUUCAAGAGUCUGUUUAGACAACUGGCUGGAGAGGACAUGGAGAUCAGUGCCACAGAGCUGCAGACUAUUUUGAACAGGAUCAUGACCAAGCACAAAGAUCUGAAAACAGAUGGAUUUGGACCAGAUUCCUGUCGGACUAUGAUCAACCUGAUGGACACUGAUGGUAGUGGUAAACUAGGAUUGACAGAGUUCCAUGUGCUGUGGGAGAAGAUCAAACGAUACCUGACUAUAUUCCGUCAGUUUGACCUGGACAAGUCAGGCACCAUGAGUUCCUAUGAGAUGAGGAUGGCUCUGGAGGCAGCAGGGUUCAAGCUGACAAACCACCUGUUCCAGUUGAUCAUAUUGCGUUACACUGAGGCCGACCUGGCAGUUGACUUUGACAACUUUGUUACCUGCCUGGUUAGGCUGGAGACCAUGUUCAAGACCUUCAAGACGUUGGACACAGAUGCUGAUGGAGUCAUACAACUCAACUUCUUCCAGUGGAUCAGCCUGACCAUGUUUACCUCCUUUCCUUCUCUCUGCAGUGGAUCAGCCUGACCAUGUUUACCUCCUUUCCUUCUCCACCUUCUCUCUGCAGUGGAUCAGCCUGACCAUGUUUACCUCCUUUCCUUCUCCACCUUCUCUCUGCAGUGGAUCAGCCUGACCAUGUUUACCUCCUUUCCUUCUCUACCUUCUCUCUGCAGUGGAUCAGCCUGACCAUGUUUACCUCCUUUCCUUCUCUACCUUCUCUCUGCAGUGGAUCAGCCUGACCAUGUUUACCUCCUUUCCUUCUCUCUGCAGUGGAUCAGCCUGACCAUGUUUACCUCCUUUCCUUCUCUCUGCAGUGGAUCAGCCUGACCAUGUUUACCUCCUUUCCUUCUCCACCUUCUCUCUGCAGUGGAUCAGCCUGACCAUGUUUACCUCCUUUCCUUCUCCACCUUCUCUCUGCAGUGGAUCAGCCUGACCAUGUUUACCUCCUUUCCUUCUCUCUGCAGUGGAUCAGCCUGACCAUGUUUACCUCCUUUCCUUCUCUACCUUCUCUCUGCAGUGGAUCAGCCUGACCAUGUUUACCUCCUUUCCUUCUCUACCUUCUCUCUGCAGUGGAUCAGCCUGACCAUGUUUACCUCCUUUCCUUCUCUCUGCAGUGGAUCAGCCUGACCAUGUUUACCUCCUUUCCUUCUCUCUGCAGUGGAUCAGCCUGACCAUGUUUACCUCCUUUCCUUCUCCACCUUCUCUCUGCAGUGGAUCAGCCUGACCAUGUUUACCUCCUUUCCUUCUCCACCUUCUCUCUGCAGUGGAUCAGCCUGACCAUGUUUACCUCCUUUCCUUCUCUCUGCAGUGGAUCAGCCUGACCAUGUUUACCUCCUUUCCUUCUCUCUGCAGUGGAUCAGCCUGACCAUGUUUACCUCCUUUCCUUCUCCACCUUCUCUCUGCAGUGGAUCAGCCUGACCAUGUUUACCUCCUUUCCUUCUCCACCUUCUCUCUGCAGUGGAUCAGCCUGACCAUGUUUACCUCCUUUCCUUCUCCACCUUCUCUCUGCAGUGGAUCAGCCUGACCAUGUUUACCUCCUUUCCUUCUCCACCUUCUCUCUGCAGUGGAUCAGCCUGACCAUGUUUACCUCCUUUCCUUCGCCACCUUCUCUCUGCAGUGGAUCAGCCUGACCAUGUUUACCUCCUUUCCUUCUCCACCUUCUCUCUGCAGUGGAUCAGCCUGACCAUGUUUACCUCCUUUCCUUCUCUACCUUCUCUCUGCAGUGGAUCAGCCUGACCAUGUUUACCUCCUUUCCUUCUCUACCUUCUCUCUGCAGUGGAUCAGCCUGACCAUGUUUACCUCCUUUCCUUCUCUACCUUCUCUCUGCAGUGGAUCAGCCUGACCAUGUUUACCUCCUUUCCUUCUCUCUGCAGUGGAUCAGCCUGACCAUGUUUACCUCCUUUCCUUCUCUCUGCAGUGGAUCAGCCUGACCAUGUUUACCUCCUUUCCUUCUCCACCUUCUCUCUGCAGUGGAUCAGCCUGACCAUGUUUACCUCCUUUCCUUCUCCACCUUCUCUCUGCAGUGGAUCAGCCUGACCAUGUUUACCUCCUUUCCUUCUCCACCUUCUCUCUGCAGUGGAUCAGCCUGACCAUGUUUACCUCCUUUCCUUCUCCACCUUCUCUCUGCAGUGGAUCAGCCUGACCAUGUUUACCUCCUUUCCUUCUCUACCUUCUCUCUGCAGUGGAUCAGCCUGACCAUGUUUACCUCCUUUCCUUCUCUACCUUCUCUCUGCAGUGGAUCAGCCUGACCAUGUUUACCUCCUUUCCUUCUCUACCUUCUCUCUGCAGUGGAUCAGCCUGACCAUGUUUACCUCCUUUCCUUCUCUACCUUCUCUCUGCAGUGGAUCAGCCUGACCAUGUUUUACUCCUUU